AUUGCGUCAUAAGAAUCUUCAAACCAGAUAGACAAUGUCACACAUAAUCCCCAAACAUUCUAUAAUGGCAGAACAUUGUACUUGCUAGCAGCUAAUUCGGAGUAUUUAGGUUACAAUGUUUCUUUUUUAUAGAACCAAAUUUGCACAAUUUUUUUUAUAGAUAUUCACGGGCUCGAUUGAACCAAAUUUGCGUGGAACAAAUCCAAUAAAUAAAAUCUCUCAAAUUCUCAAUUCAACAUAAUUUUAUCACAUUCGAUUUAUCAUCUAUUUUGUUUAAGAAAAACAGAUUUUCUGCCCAACCCAUGGCCUCUAUUUCCUCCUUUCAUGGAGAACUGUCAGUCGUCGUCAUCAAUGGUACUCUGAAAUGACGGAAAGCUCCCUCCAACAUAGUCCAGAUCAGGGGCAGUUAACGUCAAAUUAGAAAUUUAGGAAAAGUAUCUAAGAAUAAAAUAUUACAAUUACAAUAAUAAUAUAAUAAGGUUGACAGUAUCAUCAUAGAAGCAAAAGCGAGAAGUCCGUUUUCUUCUUUCCUGAGCCAAUCGUUAUUCAACUAUUUUAUGCCAAACAGGAAUUAGGGUUUAUUUCAGUUCAAGAACGAGCGUAUCAGAAACAAAUUAUUUAUUCGAAGACGAAGCCUUGUGGUCAAUUGCUAAAACCCUAAUUCCUGAGUUGAAUUGCUUGCUUCUGGAGCAUAUUUGAUUGGAAUUUGUGCAUCGCGAAGCUCACAUUUACCUCUUGGAUCUCUCUGUUUCAUCGAGAGAUAAUGCUGUACCCACGUACUUGUUGCUAAUUGAUGGAUCCUGAUAGCAAGAGUUUUGGAAGAGGGCCCAGAGAACUUGCAGGUGCUGUGGAUCUUAUCAGUCACUUCAAAUUGUUGCCUCAUCACGAGUUCUUCUGCAAGAGGUCACUUCCGUUGUCUAUUUCAGAUACUCACUAUCUUCACAAUGUGGUGGGAGACACAGAAAUUAGGAAAGGGGAAGGGAUGCAGUUGGAUCAGCUUAUACAGGAAACUUCCUUGUCAAGAGAGACGAGUUCCCGCAUCCAGCCAUUUGACCUAGAUGUUCUUGGAGAAGCUUUUCAACUACGUGAAGCGGCUCCAGUUGUUCUGCCUCCUUCUGAGAAAGGCGUCCCAACUGUAGCUGGAAAAUCUAAAAGUGAGUCGAAAGACAAGGAUAAGAAGCAUAAAAAGCACAAAGAUAAGGACAAGGAGAAGGACAAAGAGCAUAAGAAACACAAACAUCGGCAUAAAGAUCGAAGCAAAGACAAGGAUAAAGAGAAAAAGAGAGAUAAAAGUGGUCAUCAUGAUUCUGGUGCUGAUCAUUCGAAGAAACAUCAUGAGAAGAAAAGGAAGCAUGAUGGAGAGGAUCUUAAUGACGUUCACAAACACAAGAGAAGCAAGCACAAGAGCUCAAAGAUUGAUGAGAUUGGUGCAAUAAAGGUAGCCGGCUGAAAUAUGGCGUGUGGUUCUAUCAUUUGUUUAAUCCUCCGACUUUGCAGUUGAGAAUUUCGAGGGAUCCUUUACUUAGUAUUGUGAAAAAUCUGAGGUACAGAAGUUAGUUUCCUGCUAUAUCCCAUUAAUUGAAGAACUUCAUUGGCAUGCCCUUUUGUUUCAAUCUAUUUUCUUCACAUUAACUGAAGAACUUCAUUGGCAUGCCCUUUUGUUUCAAUCUAUUUUCUUCACAUUAACUGAAGAACUUCAUUGGCAUGCCCUUUUGUUUCAAUCUAUUUUCUUCACAUGGGCAAGAUUGUUCCGUAGAGUUCACAGCUGAUCAGAUGCCACCACAAUUGUUGUGCAUAUGUGACUUUGCUUUAUAUAAUUAAACUUUGUUUUCCUUUUCCAAAAUUACCAACUUAAAAAACAGACUCAUUCAACUAUCUUUUCAAUGUUAAAGAAGCUGCAUAUGCAUCUGAAACAGGUAUACUUUGUGUGCUUUAAUUAGGUAUCUAAUUAGUAUUUCUCUUCCUUAAAAGCCAUAAAAACUAUUCCUUGUCUUUUUAACUGGAUACAUAUUUUUUUUAAGUGCCAAGGAGUAGAUCGUCUCAACAGAUUAAAACGUCAAGAGGUAAAAUAUGGAAGUGGAAAGAGAAAUAUCAGGCUAGUUAUGGCGCAAACUCAACAUGCAUAUUAUCCCAAUGUCUGAUUCUAUACUAAGAUGAGUAUAGAGUAUACAAAUUUGACUACCUUGCCCUACAUGUACGCUGGAGAAUUAAAGGUGAAAGUUGCUGCCAAAGGAUAGUUGGAAAAGGACUGAAGUUUCUUAUCCAUAUUGGAGCGCAGUUGAGAUCAUUUAAACAAGAAAAGCAACACAAGCAAUCAAUGAUGUGCGAUCCCUUAGCUUUUGGUUUUCAUUAUUGUAGAAUAAUCUCUCAUAUGUGGAUUAAAUAUAUUUAAGAUUCUUAGUUAUGUCACUGAACUUUGAUCCACAGAAGAUGUCUUUGACCGUUUAAAAUGGAGUAUACCACUGACCAAGUAUCUCAUGGAAUAAGGAUUUUAUCCAACUUAGAUUAUGAAAGCUUAGGCAGAAUGGCUCUGAGAAUUGGCAAUAUGAUACUUGUUCCUUUUGGACAUAUUCGUAGGUGAGAGGGUAAACUGGAGUUUAAAGCCUUAAAACGGAAGCAAAACUCCGUGAAGGAAUUGCAUGAGCAAAUUGUCUAACUUUUUGCUCAAGCACCUUAGGGUGCAUGACAACAUCAUCUUGAACAACAGGCUUGGUAAAUCUGUUCACUAAUUGGUUGGUAGAGUUAUCAUUAAAAGAAACCUGAUGUAAACCUUGAUUUAAAGAAACCUGAUGUAAACUGAUUCAGCUUUAUAACGUAGCUUCUAGUGCCGCACUUGAUUGAAGUCCUCUCUGAUACGUGCGUUAAUCUUCCCUUCUUUUGUUCUCUAGACAAUAAAAGAGACAAGAACAAUAUCAGAAGGAAAAGGAGAAGAAGGAAAAUAAGGAUAUCAGGAAAUCCAUGUUACCUCAUUGAAUAUUGGAAGUAGGAACUUCACUCCACAUUAAACUUGCAUUGAAUCUCUCAAUGUUAAGACCCUGAAUAUAAUUUACCAACAGUUAAGACUGGUGCUGUGUAACCAGUCUGGCAAGUAUUUUGCUCCUUUUCAGGAUGGUUAAUAGUUGGAUGGACCAUUUCUUAAAUAGAUGGUUAAUGCACUUGUCUAUGUUACAAUAUUCACUUUUUUGGGAUAGAAGGAAGAAGGAGUUUGUUAAGAUUGCAACAAAAGUGAUUGUGGCAGCCUAAAGUGUGAAUUGAGUAUUCCCAGCUACUACUAACAGGCGUAACCCCCCCCCCAAAAUUAUUCUGUAUUUAUCUUUAGAGGUGUGAUAGGGGAAACAAAGAUGGAAUCGGAUGGUAAUGUAGUUAGUUUGUUUUCAGUUAUUGUAGAAAGGCUAAACAAGAGACAAUUAGCUGAAUACUUUAGCAUGUGAUAUUGAACUGUAGGAUGCACUUAGUUUAUUGGAUGUCCCUGAAGGGACUCCAACAAAAUGCACAUAUCGGAUUAAGAAAAGCAGCUUCCUGUCCAGUUUCUGGAAUUUUGUAUUUAAGGCACUCUAGGAAGUUUAAACAAGACAAUGUUUGGAAAUUACUUUGGCAUGUGAAUAUUGAAUGGUUGGAUUUGAUAAAGCAGCUUCAUUUUCAGUUUCUGUACCAUGCUGAACUUUCACCUUUGAACAGGUAUCCGUAGUGAAUAUCUGUAUAUCUGAUCUUAGUGAUGUUAAAGCUUGUUUCUAUAUGUAUGCAACAUAUACCAUUUGAUGGUUAAUGCAUGUUUCACUUCUGAAGUUCAGUCUCUGCACCAUUCUUCACCUUUGAACUGGUAUCCAAAAUGAACAUCUGUAUAUGCGAGCUUACUGGUAUUAUAGCUUAUUACUAUUUACAACAUAUAUAUACCAUUUGAUGCUAAAUGCGUGUUUCUCUUCCUUUGGAAGCACCCCAGAUAUAGAGAAAUUAUCUUUUUGCGUGCAAUCGAAAUGACUUUGCAGUUGUUAUAAGGCUCUAAUUUUGUAACCAAGUCUUUUGAACUUUUUAAUGCCUGGGGUGUGCAUGUGUAAUAUUUGAAUGGUAAGUUUUAGUUUCUCUUUUUGGACAAUCUUUUUUGGAUGGGUUUAUGAGUCUCUAGUUUAUUCAGCAAAUGUUUGUUGAGUAAUUGAAGGGUUUAUGUGGGCGCUUCUGUUUGUGAAAUCCCAAGAGUUAUUCUGCGUGGGACAUUAGCACUGUGUGGAAAUGUUAGUUCAAUGUGUAAUGAAAUGGGGCAUUGGUACUGUGUGGAAAUGUGGUAUUCAUUACAAGCAAGGCAAUUGAAGUAUUAAUAAAAAGUGCCUCUGUAUCCUUUUCAGUGGCGUAUUCUGUUAGUCUGCCCCCCUUUUGAUCGGUGAGCAACACCUUACAAAGGUUUAUUUGACAUGAAUUGCCUUUGGACUAACUAAAGAUUGCCAAGAAGGUGAAUUCACCUGUUGAAGUAGAUUUUAGUGCAUGGUACAACUGUUGAAAAUCACCAGAAUAUGUAAUAUAAAAAACGGACUUCCUUAUAGUUGGUAAUGACACUGAUAACGUUGAUCCCUUCAUUCAGCUUUAGUGACUUACUGCAUGGUGUGUUGUGGUCAUUUGUGUGCUCCCCCUCUUUCAAAGGCUCUAAUCUCCAGGCUUAGUGUUUAACCAGCAGCUUUGGGUAAUAAGAAGAGAAGGUUUGAUGAGUGUUGGUGUGGUCUUUUCUGAUUUGUCCUUCCCAUUGAGCUUGAAGGUGAUCCUUCAUCAGCAGUCAAAGGAUGUCUAUAUGUACAAUGCUAGGAAUUCUGCUCAUCAUGGCUAGAUAUUCUUGUAUAUACUAGGCUAGAAAUGAGAUCAAAUAGUUGUUUGACAUGAAAUCCUGGUAAUAUAUGUAUUCAUAUUUUGCUAAA